AUGGUUAAUAUAACAUGCAGAGUUUUAUCGAGGCCAGAUGAGCGUCGUUUACCUGAGGUGUACAGACAGCUGGGCAUGGAGUACGACGAAAAGGUCUUACCUUCAAUUAUUAACGAGGUUUUAAAGUCUGUAGUUGCUCAGUUUAAUGCAAGUCAAUUAAUUACACAAAGAGAAAUUGUCAGCAAACAAGUCCGCGACCAACUCGUUAAAAGAGCUAAGGAUUUUAAUAUUCUUCUUGAUGAUGUUUCUCUAACGCACUUAAGCUUCUCACCUGAGUACGAACGAGCAGUCGAAGCCAAGCAAGUUGCGCAGCAGCAAGCAGAGCGGGGUAAAUAUGUUGUAUUAAAAGCUCUCGAGGAGAAGAAGAGUACUAUUAUCAGAGCACAAGGAGAAGCAGAAGCUGCUAAACUUAUAGGAAACGCAGUGAAGACAAACCCUGCUUUUCUCGAGUUGCGACGCAUUGACGCUGCGAGAGAAGUAGCGCAGACCGUUGCUCGAAGCAAACGCUUUUCAGACGUGUUUAACCCUCAGAGUAAAUAA